AUGGAAAAUGAUAGCUUGCUCAAACGAAUUUGUAAUAUUGAUCAAAGUACUCUUUCCGGAGCUUAUCAAAAGCUUUGCCUUUCAGAUAAAUAUGCUCCAGAUAUAUCGUAUAUUGAUUUUUCAGCACUAAGGCCUCUUAUAAGUGCAAAUAAAUCUGAAAAGAAAUUCUCAGUACCGCCUUUCCAAAAUCCUAUGUUUUUAAAAAGCACACUCCUCUCUUUGCUAGCGAACAAAGCAUUGAAAAAUCAUUUUUUUUGAUAAAAACCUGUCCUCUGUGAGCGGUCAAAAAAUAUAUUUUUACGAAACACUAUUUUGUAUAAAGUGAUAAUUAGUAUAAUGAAACAUCUAACUAAUUCUUUUUAAUUUCAACAGCUUGAAUUUUAUUUAAAAAUAAAUUUUACAAAUUAUUAAUAUAUGCUUCUAAUUUCCGAAUUAAGAUUUUGUUAAAUUUCGAUAAGAUUUACAAUAAAAUUUAUAUGAGUAGGGGGUUAGUAAAAAUUCAAGAACCACCUAAAGAAAAUAUUAAAAAUGCACAAAAUAUGAUUAUAAAUAAUGCACUAAAGCCAAGACAAGAACUAUUAGUGAAGCAAGAACAAAGGAGUAAUCAAAAACCUCUAGCACAGCAGCCCACGAAAACUAAAAUAGACUGUAACUGAAAUCCAAUUGGAUAUAGAUAUAAAAGAAAAAAAGAAGCUGAUCCUGAAGAAGAUGAAGAAAAGCCUGGCUUUAUGACUGCAAAAGAUUUUUAUAAAACCAAUCAAUUUUCAAAUCAACAAGCCCACCCUAAAUUUUCUAAUUCUCCAGAGCAGCCAGAGCCUCAGCAGCGAUUUCGAUCAACUGGACUAGUAAAACCUUUUGCAUGCCCUUUAAAAACAGGCAAUAAUAGCAAUAAUAAUCAAGCAAAGCCUCAAGAAGAGUCAAAUAAACUUACAGGUAUUGAAGAUAAGCUUAUAGAAAUUAUUGAAAGUGAAAUUAUUUCAAGGGAUCCAGGAGUAAAAUGAAACGAUAUUGCUGGCUUACAAUUCGCUAAAAAAGCAGUUCAUGAAGCCAUUGUUUGACCUCUACAAAGGCCUGAUCUCUUCAAAGGGCUAAGAGCACCUCCAAAAGGGCUUUUAUUAUUUGGGCCUCCUGGGACAGGGAAAACUAUGAUAGGGAAAGCUAUUGCAAGCGAAGCAAAUGCGACCUUCUUCAGCAUUUCAGCAAGCUCAAUUACAUCUAAAUGGGUAGGAGAAGGAGAAAAGCUGGUAAAAGUGUUAUUUUCAUUAGCAGUUAAAUAUCAACCUACUGUGAUUUUUAUUGAUGAAAUUGAUUCUUUGCUAAGUGCAAGGAAUGACUCUGAGCAAGAAGGCAGCAGGAAAAUUAAGACUGAGUUUUUAGUACAAAUUGAUGGUGCUGCAACCAACCCUGAUGAUAGAAUUCUUCUGAUUGGCGCCACAAAUAGACCGAAUGAUUUAGAUGAAGCUGUGAGGAGAAGACUUGCAAAAAGGAUGUACAUUCCCCUUCCUAAUUCUGAAGGAAGAAAGCAGCUAAUUGUGAAUUUAAUGCAAUCAAUUUCUAACUCUCUAUCAGAAUCUGAUAUCAAUGUCGUUGUAGAGAGAUCAAAAGGCUACUCUGGCUCUGAUUUGAAAAAUCUCUGCACAGAAGCUUCAAUGAAUCCUUUACGUUCCCUUACUGAUAUAAUGAAUAUUGAUGCAACAAUUAUUCCUCCUGUUAGUCUUCACGACUUUGAGUUUGCAUUAACUAUAGUAAAGCCAUCUGUUUCACAAAAAGAUAUCACAUUUUUGCUGGAUUGGAAUCAACAUUAACAUUAACAUUAACUAAUAUUAUAGAGAGGCCCGUCCUAAUAGCUAGGGUUUCCCCUGCUCUACCUUCACCAUUCACGCUUCACUCGGUUGCUCACCACCAAUCGACCACGACCUUCAAAGUGUUGCUCCUACCGGACUAGGAUCUGCACUCGCUACCCAUAGUUAGAUGAGUUACAGUACGUCAACAGAGGUUGCCCAUUCCCGAAAAUUUGAAAAAACAAAUUUUCUGGUAGCACUGUCGGCCAAAAUGAAAAUCAAAAGCCUGGGACGCAACGCCCGGUUUCACGCUAGGGAGUUGCCCGAUUGAUUAGGAGGUACAUUCCUGAUGCCGUUGAGCUUCCCCUUUCCAACCUUGGAAACCAUUUCCUCUGAGGAAAAAACCUUGGUGUCAGAAUGAGCUGCGUUCGGCCUAGUCCGACGCUGCGCUCUACUGUACCAAGGAAAAACCUGGCCGGACAUAAACCCGAGCGCCUAUUUCCCUUCCACGGCUGCGGGUGUUGAGAAAAAGGGCUGGUUCGCCGUCGCCAUUUUAAUGUAUAUGGAUUGGAAUGAGCAGUUUGGUAGUUUUCAGUUCAAUAUGGAAGAGCUAGAUACUUAA